GGCGGAAUCAAGGACGGAAAGGAUGAACGCUUUUUUCUUCUUUAUCGGCUGUGCUGCUGCUGCUGCUGCUGCUGUUGCUGUUGAUCUUUUUGUUCUUUGUGCCCAGCUAUUGUGAACCUGCUUCUUUUUCUUUCUUCUUUUUUAACAACUUUUUUUCUACCACCCCAUUCUACAAAGUAAAAAGAGUAUAAAGUACAAAAAAAAAAGAAACAAAGCCUUGGGCCAUGAUGCAACCAGAACUCCCAUACUUUCCAGACCGUGCAAUCUCUGCGUCUGCACCCACUUCACCAACUCGUACACUCUUGCAUUCUCCUCCCGAUGACAGCAAACGACGAAGCUUAAAGUACAUUUUCGCUCCCUUGAGCCAGCGGGCUCCACAGACGUCCACGCCGUCAACAAACAAAAUAAUCCUCGACUACCUACUCUACUUGUCCAUCCAGUCGCGUCUCAAGCAGGCGCACGUUGAGCUGAUGGAGCUGGCGACACCGCUGCCGGACAGUGGCAACACGGACUCGCUUGAAGCACGCAAGAAACGGUGGAUGGAGACUGCCUCAAAGGCGGAACAGGACAAGCAUGCCGUCGAAGCCAUUGUUGCUGGCAUCCUGUCAGCGGGCUCGCAGAUCAAAGGACCGUCGUUUAUCAGGGAUGAUGAUUUCGAACAACGGCUGCAUCUGUGUCAACUGACGAACCUCGUUUUUGGGCGGUUUGAUGCAACCUCUACGGGACAGCACGUGAUUGCCCACAAUUCUGCCCGUCGACGCCGCCACGAAGCACAACUGAUGGCCAUGGUGAUGGAAAACGCUGAUGUCGAUGGUGCUGAGGCUGCCGAUGACAACGUCGAUGAUGAUGCCAACAAGGAAAACUUGGACGAUUUCAUCACGCGCAAGCGACAACAACUGUUCUCCAAAGCCAUCCUGCCUUCUUAUUGUCGACGCCACCGUCGUCAGAACUGCUAUGGCUGCGCUAUUACGACUAACAGCAGCAGCACGACAAUCGCUACACAAACAUCAACAACAACACCAACAAAUCCAUCUUCAUCAAACGCAUCCUCAUCGCCAUCGAAAACCAUCCCACCGGCUGGACUGAUCGAAGCGAUCCCAGUGUUCCUCAAGACCAGUGCCGAUAUGCUGCGACGCACAUUGGAAACGACGAGUGGAAGCGACGGCGACGAGAGCCACCAAGAGGAGGAGACGCGACCCAUGAUAUUUGCAGGGCAACGCGUGAUGGGUGGUGGCAUGCCUCCACGCUGGUACGAUCUGUUUUUGAGUCUGUUGAGCCAGGCAGCGAUCGAAUGCUACAUGUGCGACGGUCAAGCCGGGCUGGAGUCGAUUUUUGAAAUAUUUUCAUACGGCGAUGUGGAGGACGAAGACGAGCCGGAAGAUGCCGAUGACGAGGACGAGAAUGACGACGAGGAGCAGCAGCAGCAGGAUAAUGACGAAUGGGGUGUCCGCGCCGCCGAUCAUCAUUUGCUGUUUCCCAAAACGAGAACAAUGUACCUCUUCAAAACACAAGUUCGGGAACGCGAAAAAGAAGUAAGCUCGCUCUCACUCUCUUUAUGUCCAAAUAGAGGAGGGACUCUUGUCUCUCUCACGCAGAACGGCCAAUUUCGGAAUGACUCAAUGAUUUCCCCUCCAUCUAAAUUUUUUCCUUGUCUAGUUCUUGCUCGUUGAAGGCGACGACUUGAAGACACAUUUUGAAAAGCUGGCUCAACGCUAUCCUCUCGAAACAUUUGAAAAGAGCAUGGCCGAAUUCAUCCAGAUGAUUCUUAGCACAACCGAUACUCCUGCAUUAGACAAGUAUGACAACCCACCCUCUUCCACUCAAUCAUCGCCUGAAUUGAGCUCACAUGCGCACACAUCCGAUAUCAUCAGUUCAGGAGCCAUUCUGCCACCCGUCUACAAAUACCCCGGAGACGGCUCUCUCCUCAUGCCCGAGAUCCCAGACGUUGACGACGAGCAGGUCGAACCAGUAACACAGCAACAACAACAACAACAGACACAGCAGUCGCAUAGCAACAAGCGACGAGCAUCCAUGUCGAAUGCGCCUGAACCCAAGCGUUCGCGAUA